AUGGCAUCACUGGACAUCACGACGUUAGCUGCUUUUUCCGUAUGUUUUCCUGACCAAGUCGAAAAGAAUCUACGUGCUGCAUAUAGUGAACCUCAUUGGACCAAUAUCAAGCGUGCUCUUGCUCGACCACCUGCGUUUACUGCUGUUCGAGUAAAUACAUUGAAAUUGUCACGUGAUGAAGCAUUGCAAGCUCUUAAACCUCAUUUGGACAAGUUUAAUACUGAAUUAGUAGAGCUCGAUACCAGUCGUCAGCCAAUUGAAGCCUUUGUCCAUCCAUCGUUACCGGACGUGAUAAUGAUUCCUUCAUCACCCAGUGGACAAGUCAUUGUCAAGUUUAAUUCGGAACUCAAGAGCAUCGUUGUGGAUCGACUUUGUGGCGAAGCAGUGCUACGUGGGAGCGACAUUUUUGCUCGAGGAGUUAUGAGUGCCAGCAGUGGCAUUAAUGCUGAAGAUCAGGUCAAUGUCUUUGUUGAUCUUGACCACAACCACACGCGUGGAAGUGACUUUGCAACACACAGGGGACGCAAGCUUUUGAUUGCCCGUGGCGUGACCAAGAUGGCAAGAACGGAGAUAUUCCGUGCUGUGAGAGGACAGGCAGUGACUCAAUUGGUCCGAGUUUGUCCUGAUGCACCACCGAUGAACGGUGUAUUACGGGGUCAGAUCUACGUGCAGAAUUUGCCGUGUUCGGUGGUUGCACAUGCAUUGGAUCCGCAAGAGGGCGAUGUGAUUCUAGACAUGUGUGCAGCGCCCGGAGGAAAAACUUCCCCACGUGGCUACUUUGAUGCGAAAUAA